UGACUCCGCCUUGUUUCCGUAGGAAGAAGAGCCGGGAAUGAUGGCGGCGGGUGCGGUUUGAAUUCCGCGGCGCCGCCAGAAUCCGAACAAGAGCUGGGUCGGAGAGGGCGGGGACCUCGGGGACUCGGGCGGGUCGCGCGACAACGAGGGGGGACCAGUGAAGCCGCCACUAGAGACAUCAACGCCACCACCGUCUCCGUGUCCGUGAUGGACUCGGCGUUGGAGGAGGACGUCACUCUCCCCGGGACUCUCAGCGGCUGCAGUGGCCUUGUUCCCAAUUUACCAGAUGACCUGGAUGGCAUCACCCCCAAUGCUGGUUUGGGAAAUGGUGUCCUCCCAAAUGUGUCAGAAGAAACAGUAUCUCCCACCAGAGCACGGAACAUGAAGGACUUUGAAAAUAUGCUAAGAUUGUCCCAAAUUUGGCUAGUUGGAACCACUAAUCAAUUCUUCUGGGUUGGUACAAUUUCAGCAAAGCAAAUCACUGAAUUGAAGAAAGAAAACUUUAACCUAAAGCUCCGCAUCUAUUUCCUUGAGGAAAGGAUGCAGCAGGAAUUUGAUGGCCACACUGAACGUGUCUACAAAACUAACAUUGAGCUCAAGGUGGAAGUAGAAAGUCUGAAGCGGGAGCUCCAGGAGAGAGAGCAGUUGCUCAUCAAAGCCUCCAAAGCAGUUGAGAGCUUAGCUGAAGGGGGUGGCUCUGAAAUUCAGCGGGUGAAAGAAGACGCUCGGAAGAAGGUGCAGCAGGUGGAAGAUUGCCUAACCAAAAGGAUACUCCUUUUAGAAGAGGAUGUGAAAGCCGCCCAAGCAGAACUGGAAAAGGCCUUUACAGGGACGGAAAAAGAGAAGGCUCUUCGGCUAAGCUUGGAAAGCAAGCUUUCAGAGAUGAAGAAGAUGCAUGAGGGUGACUUGAAGAUGGCUCUGGUCCUGGAGGAAAAAGACAGACUGAUUGAGGAGUUGAAACUGUCUUUGAAGAGCAAAGAAGCUUUAAUUCAGUGCCUUAAAGAGGAGAAAUCUCAGAUGGCAUCUCCUGAUGAGAAUGUGUCAUCUGGAGAGCUCCGAGGACUUUCUGCUGCUCUGAGGGAAGAAAAGGAGCGAGAAACAGAGGCUAUACAUAUGGAAUGUCAGAAGGAGAGAAGUUGCUUUGAAGAGAGAAUCCAGGCACUUCAGGAGGACCUGGGAGAGAAGGAAAGAGAAAUUGCUACAGAAAAGAAAAAUAGUUUAAAGCGGGAUAAAGCCAUUCAGGGUCUAACAAUGGCAUUAAAAUCAAAGGAAAAAGAGGUUGAAGAACUUAACUCUGAAAUUGAAGAGCUCAGAGCUGCCUUUUCUAAAGCCAGAGAAGCCUCCCAGAAAGCACAGACCCAGAAAUUCCAGGGAUCUGAAGAAUAUGAGGCUGCCCUGUCGGAAAAGGAAGCCCUUUUGGCUGAACUGCGCUCAGAAAACCUCACCAAGAGUACAGAGAACCACAGACUACGUAGGAACAUUAAGAAGAUCACCCAGGAGCUGAGCGAUUUGCAGCAGGAGAGGGAGAGACUAGAAAAGGACCUGGAGGAAGCCUAUCGAGAGAAGAGCAACGAAGACAGCACCAUCCUUGACCUUAGAAGUCAAGUUGAGAAAUUACGUGACGAAGCGAAUGAGAGAGAGAGAGCAGUGGAGAAUCGCUACAAGAGUCUUUUGAGUGAAAGCAAUCAAAAAUUGCACAGUCAAGAGCAAGAGAUCAAACGUCUAACAGAAAGUAUCCAUCAAAAGGACUUGUUGCUUGUGAAAGCCAAUGAAAAAGAUUUGGAAGCAAUUCAACAGAACUGUCAUUUAAUGACUGCAGAGGAUUUUGAGUUUAGGAGCGAAGGCUUAAUAACAGAAAAGUGCUCUUCUCAACAGCCACCAGGCAGCAAAAUCAUCUUCUUCGAGGAAAAGCAACAAUCAGACUAUGAAGAGCUGAUUCAGGUCUUAAACAAAGAGCAGGACAUCUAUUCCCGUCUGGUAAAAUCUCUGCAGGACUCAAACAGUAUCAACAACCUGCAGGCUGAGUUAAACAACGUUUUUGCCCUGCGGAGGCAGCUGGAGCAGGAUGUGCUCUCCUAUCGGAAUUUGCAGAAGACCUUGGAGGAGCAGAUCAAUGAAAUUCGGAGGCGGGAAGAAGAAACAUUUUCAUUUUAUAGCGAUCAAACAUCUUAUUUGAGUAUUUGCCUUGAAAAGCACGGUCGGCUACAAGUGGAGCAUUUUUCUCAAGAAGAACUUAAGAAAAAGGUCAGUGACCUUAUACAGCUAGUGAAGGAACUGUAUACAGACAACCAGCAUCUGAAGAAAACCAUUUUUGAUUUCUCCUGCAUGGGCUUCCAGGGAAGUGACAGACUUGAGUCAGUAGAACAAAUGCAGCUUCUGGCUAGCAAGGAGGAUGAGGACGUGAUCAAAAUUGGAGAGGAUGACAAGAAUAAUUUCCUGAGUGACCAGCAUUUGGAGCAGAGUGAUGAGAUUGUGGAGGACUGUUCCAAAGGAGGCUGCAAAAAUGGAUACUUAUGGCACACAGAUUCCACUAUUUUAGACUAUGAUGGAGCCUGCAAACCUGGCCGCCCUGGAGACCAGAGUCUGGAAGAAGGCGAGCUCAUGAACCUGCUUGCCCCUUUCUUUAACGAGAAGGCCAGGUUGUUACUAGACUCCAGGCCAGACCUUCUGCAAACGUUACGUGAACUACUUCUGGAACGAAUAUGUUUGACAGAGCAGGAAGUUUCUGGAGAACACCUUGAUGGUAAAACCAAGAAGGCACUUAAGCAGAUGGCCAUUCAGCUAAGAGGCGAACUCAGACAUUUCAUCCAGGCCAACUCAUUUUCCAAGCCACAUGAUGAACUGAAGUCGACUUGGGGGACCCAGCCAGUAAAGUUGGGUGAAGUGUCCAAGGUGGAGCUGAAAGAUGCCUCAGUGCAGACCAUGGUCAUGGAGGGCGACACUCUCAGAUUCAGACAUGAAGGAAUGAGAGAGGCUUGGGAAGAGAGAUCAACAGAUGGCGUAUUCAGCGCUGAGCAUCAGCCAGAGAACUUGCAGAGGAUGCCAGAGAGGCAGGGCACUCUCCUUUCUUUCCCGAGGGGUCCUGCCAAAGAUGCUAAGAAAUCCCGCUUGCCAAUCCUAAUAAAACCAUCCCGAUCAUUAGGAAGUGUGUAUCGGCUCUCUGACACCCAGGAGGUGGUGGCGCAGCUGCAGGGCCAGAUCAUGGAGCUGCAGGGGGAACUGAAGGAGUUUAAAACUCACAACAAACAGCUUCACCAAAAGUUAAUUCUGGCUGAAGCAAUGAUGGAGGGGAAGUCAAUGCCAGACCAAAUGCUACUGAAUGCCCAGCCCCUUGUGGGAACAGCCUACCAGGACAGCCCAGGAGAGCAAAAAAGAAUUAAAACCACACUCUGUGUCUGGAGAGACAAGGAAAUGGACAAUGAUCAGCAAACAAGCGACGAGACUGACUCUGAAAUUUACCAACCUGAUGACCUUGCCAUCUUGCCAACAUGCAAAGAGAAUCCUUCCGAAGAUUUUCUGGGCGCAACUUCAGUAGCUACUUACGCGAGUUCUAAGAGCCAGCUUUCUGUUAAAGUGAGCAUGAUUGAGACUGAUCAGGCUGAGAACAUUGAUGCCUCAAAUGAUAUGGAAUACUUAAAGCAGAAAAUCUGUGACUUAGAAACUGAGCUCAAGGGCUACCAGAGUUUCAUAUUUCAGCUUCAAUCAGGGAAGCACUCCCAGUGCAGUGAGGCCAUUAUCACUGUUUUGUGUGGGACAGAAGGGGCUCAGGAAGGCUUGAACAAGCCCAAGGGCAGUACUGACGAUGAAGAAAUGACCUUCUCAAGUUUGCACCAAGUACGUUAUGUGAAACACAUGAAAAUCCUCCAUCCACUGGCCCCUGCAAUGAUUGAUGGCGGGAUGCUGGAGAGCCUCAAACAGCAGCUGGUGGAUCAGGAAUAUGACCUACAGAAAGAGCAGAAUUUGAACAUGGAACUAUUCAGUGAAAUCCAUAACCUGCAGAAUAAGUUCCAAGAUCUCUCACCCUCAAGAUACGAUUCAUUAGUUCAGUCCCAAGCCAGGGAGCUCUCCCUUCAACGACAGCAGAUUAAAGAUAGCCAUGGCAUCUGUGUCAUUUAUCGUCAACAUAUGAACACCGUGAUGAAGGCAUUCGAGGAGUUGCUGCAGGCCAGUGAUGUGGACUACUAUUUGGCUGAGAGUUUCCGGGAGCAGCUGAAUCAAUGUGUUGAACUACUGGAGAAACUGGAAAAGUUGUUUCUCAGUGGAAAGUCAGCUGAAGUGGAAGUGAGCACCCAGAACGAACUGAUACAGAGGAUUGAAGAAGACGACUUAACCUACCGACAUAGUCUACCUGAAUCUCCUGAGCCUUCAGCCUCACAUGCGCUGUCCGAUUGUGAAACAUCUGAAAAGUCCUCUUUCUUCUCACGAGACCAGAAGCAGGAUAGUGAGAUUGAGAAGAUUUCGGUUAUAGCAAACAAUUUUUCUCAAGACUUACUAAUGGAACAUAUACAAGAAAUUCGAACUUUGAGAAAACGCUUAGAAGAAUCUAUCAAAACAAAUGAGAAACUGCGGAAACAGCUGGAACGGCAAGGAUCUGAGUUUGAUCAAGGUUCUGCAAACAUUUUUGCCUAUGGUUCAGAGCUACAUAAUUCUCUGACAGCAGAAAUUCAUUUCCUGAGGAAGCAGAACCAGGCCCUCAACAUGAUGCUUGCUAAAGGAUCCAGAGAUAAACAGAAGGAGAAUGAAAAAUUACGAGAGUCCCUCUCCAGGAAGACUGCGAACCUUGAGCACCUUCAGCAAGAGUAUGCCUCUGUGAAGGGAGAAAAUGAAAGGCUGCAGAAGGAAGUUGGUGAGAAGGAGAGACACAACCAGCAGCUGGUCCAGGAGAUCUAUAAUAGCCGCAGCGAGCUGAGCAGGGCAAAGGAGGAGGUGGAGUUGAGGCAGCAACUGCUCUCACAGAAUGACAAGCUACUCCAGUCUCUUCGAGUGGAGCUGAAGGUAUAUGAGAAGCUGGAUGAAGAACACAAGCGACCAAGAGAAGCCAGAGCAGAGGUGUCAGGAGAAGGCUGGAAGGGGCAGGACCCAUUCAGUGACCUGCAUGGCCUCCUGAGAGAGAUCCAGGCUCUGCGGGCACAAUUGGAGAGGAGCAUCGAAACCAACAGCACCCUGCAGAGGAAGCUCGAGGAGCAGCUGGCGAAGGGCCCCAAGUCCAGCUCUUCUUGAGCUACCUGCUGACCUUCUGGAGCCUCAGUUGUUGGGGGAUGAUCAUCCUAAUGCCCACGGUGGGGGAUGUGUGAGCCCAGUGGAAUAAGGAGUAUCAACAUACCUCACAAGUAAGGAGGAUUGCCUGAGAGCUUGGGCUUAUCUUUACUUGGCUUGGGUCUAUUAUCAUUUAAUUGAGGGAAAAAAAAAAAAAAAAACAUCUCUUAAGGAGCACCCAGUGAACCUACUUUGGAACUUGUAGCGAUUGGAUUAUUGGUUUCUUCCAAAUAAGUAUUUUAAAUUUUUAACCAAAAAGAUGAGGUAACAAUAUAAAAAAGGUGGAAAAAGAAUUUUCAUUAUUCUAAAAAUGAUCAUUUUUUACUUUGCAUAUUUCUCUUUAUUUGUUAAUUAAAUGUAGGCAUGAAUUUAUGUUGUUCAGAUAGGUUUUUGUGCCAUUCUGUGUCCUUUCUUUCCUUUCGUGCAAUAUUACAUCAUAAAUGUUUUCCUUUUCCAUGGCUUCCUCGUUGUCUGUAGAUUAUUGUCAGUCACCAAACUGUUACCCUUUUUUUAUUGAUUAUUAAAGUGGUCUCUGAUUUGGGGCUUUUAAACAUUUAUAUUAAUAAGCUUUUUGCUGUUAAAAAAUUUUCUUAGAAUAAAUUUCUUCUAGGGUGACCCCAAGGGGUUGGACAGGUGCCGUAUUGCCUUCUACAUGCCACAUUCAUCAGCGUUGUACAAAGGCAGCAGUUUUAGCAUGGCUUCACCAGGCAUUGGGCAGUACCAUUUUAAAUAUAGGUCUGUUCCUGGCCCUUUUUAGGCUUUGAGGAGAUGGGCCAAGGAUAUGAAGAGGGUGCACUAGGGAAGAUUGAAGCCGGGGGAGCAGUUCAGUGCAAGGGGUACCUAGGAGGAAGAUCUGGGGCAGCUGAAGUGAGAAGACCAUUGAACAGCCUGUUCCUGCUUUCAGAAUCUGUCUAGGGUCAGCCCUAGUGUGCCUCACAGGAGACAUCCAGGAGAGUGUGUUCAAAAUUCGGAAAAGUUCCAGUUUCCUUGACUGAAGAUCGGAAUCAUAGCACAGGCAGCAGCAUUUCUCCCUUUGCAGAAGACUUUUUGGGAUUGUAUUUAAGUGCAUCUCUCUGAAAGUUCUGCUCUGAAGGCUGCUGUGUUUUUGGUAGAAAGCAGUUCGUCUCAGGGCCAGCUCCACGGAGCUAUGCGCUCAGGGGGGCUGUGCUGUAGUCAGCCCCACCCCUUGGUAGUGCUGGGGAGGAACUUCCCCAAAGUCGGGGAACCUGGGACCACCCACAUGUUGGGUAAUACUGGGCAGAUCGCUUCCUCUCUUAGUCUCCUCUUCCAUGAAAUCUGAUUCACGAUCCCAUCCUGCUCACUGAGCUGUUGAGAUUUCAUGGGAAAGUGCUUUCUAAAUUAUAAAAUGUCACACUGGUCAUCUUGUAUGGCAUCUUUUGACUUUGCUUUCUUACAGUGUGUAAAAUUCAUCACCCCCAAAUCUGACUUUGGGUCACUCCUCUCUGGCCUGGGUGACUGUGACAGCCUCUAGACUUGCCCCUCCACCCCCAAACUUAGACCUCACGGUUCUAGCUUGCAUCCCACUGAGGCCUUCCGUUGCACCCAGGUAAACUGCUUGUUUCUCCCUGAGUGUGCCUUUGCUCCUGCUGUCUCCUCUGCCUGGCAUUUCUUUCCCUCCUUCCCAUGGGUCACUCACAAUCAGUUUUAAGAUACAGUACGGGCAUUAGCCUUUGGGAAGCCAGGUCAGGGCUAGCACCCCUCACCUGAGCUCCCACAGCCUGUGUUUCCCUCCUUUGGCUCUGACCACGCUGAAAUGAAACUGUUUACUUGUCUGAAUGAGGGGGUCUUCUAGGGGAAGGGAAUAGGCCUGGUCUGUCUGUAUUCCCAGUGUCCUUCAUGGGACCUGGCACAAGAGAGCCCUGUAAAGAUUUGAAUG